AUUUAAAGAUUUAAACGAAAGCAAAAACAGAAUAAAGAACGAGAGAAAUCGGAGUCGUAAUCGGAAACGGAGAAGAACGACAUCGAUCGAUAGAUCUGCUCUGAAAUUUGGUGUCAUCUUUACUGUUAAUUCGAAUUCGAAGCCAUUUUUUAUUCCAGAACGACCUCUCUUCUCUUCUCGAAGAAGCCAUUUUGGUUACUGCCCAACAAACGGUUAGCUGGUAAGUUAGUGAGUGAAUGAGUUACCUUAAGAGGAAUCAUGGCCAGCCGAGGAAAUGGUAAUCUUUGAGUGUAUAAGAUUAGAAAGUCGCCAAAACGUAGGUUUGCAGUAUAUCAAUGUCAGAGGCUUCGCCCACAGUACUUGGUACAAAGCGCCUGAUAAGGAAGCAUGAGUUUGUAAAAGUAAUAAUUCAGUGUCUAUACUCAUUAGGCUUUGGAGAGUCAGCUUCUUGUUUGGAAUUAGAGUCUGGAAUUUCAGACAAAUCCCACGAUUUUGAAUUGCUCAAAUCCCAAGUACUAAAUGGGAAUUGGGAUGGUUGCAUUCAGACUCUCAAGGCAUUUAAUGAUUUGAUGGAUGAUACAAGAGCUACAGCUUUAUUUCUAAUUUUCAAACAAUGUAUUUCUGAGUAUUUGAGUGAUGGAGAUCACUUGAAGGCAUUGGCUGUUUUGCGGAAAGACAUGUCUGCAUUAGGUGUGAGCAGAGAUCAGAUUCACAACCUUGCUUAUAAUAUCCUUUCCUUGAACGAAGAGCUGGAAAAGAAUGAUGAUAACAUUGUAGGUGGAUCGCGAAAAAAGUUGUUGAGAGAGUUGGAAAAUUUGUUUCCUCCACCAAUUAUUAUGCCUGAAAGAAGGUUGGAAAAUUUGGUUGAAACUACUGUUUCGGCUCAGAUUAACUCAUGUAUGUACCACAAUUCACCAGGUGCAGUGUCGCUGUAUGUGGAUCAUUUAUGUGGUAGAGAUCAGAUCCCAACAGAGACCCUUCAGAUUUUGACUGAACAUAAAAAUGAAGUAUGGUUUGUUCAGUUUUCCAAUAGAGGGGAGUACUUAGCCUCUUCAUCAAGUGAUUGCACAGCCAUCAUAUGGGAGGUACUGGAAGAUGGUAAGAUAACACGGAAACACACAUUAUGUGGUCACCAAAAACAAGUCUCCUUUGUGGCAUGGAGCCCUGAUGAUAAGAAGUUGCUCACAUGUGGAAAUUUGGAAGUCCUCAAACUUUGGGAUGUGGAAACAGGUGAAUUGAUGCACACAUUCGGGGAUCAUAACUUCAUCGUAGGCUCGUGUGCUUGGUUUCCCGACUCUGAAAGAUUUGUGUGUGGCAGUUCAGAACCUGAAAAGGGCAUCUACAUGUGGGACUGUAAUGGGAAUGAAAUAAAGGCAUGGAGGGGAAUGAGGAUGCCUAAAGUUAUAGAUCUUGCUGUGACAUCUGAUGGAGAAAAACUGAUCUGCAUAUUCUCAGAUAAAGAAAUUAGAAUAGUAAAUGUGAUAACAAAUGAAGAGAGAGUCAUCUCGGAGGAGCACUCAAUCACGUCCCUUUCACUUUCAGGAGACGGUGAGUUCUUCAUUGUCAACCUUAACAGCCAGGAAAUUCAUAUGUGGGAUAUUGCUGGGAAAUGGGAGAAACCAAAAAAAUAUAUGGGCCACAAGCAAAGCAAGUAUGUGAUAAGAUCAUGUUUUGGUGGGUUGAAUAGCCACUUUAUUGCUAGUGGUAGUGAAAAUGCUCAGGUCUUCAUCUGGAACCGGCAAAAUUCCAGGCCAAUUGAGGUUUUGUCGGGGCACUUAAUGACUGUGAACUGUGUUAGCUGGAAUCCUAGGAGGCCUCAAAUGCUGGCCUCUGCAAGUGAUGACCAAACAAUCCGAAUAUGGGGCCCUAGUCUACCCAGUAACAGGCAAACUCAGAAGCUUAGUUAAACCAAUAGAUACCCAAUUUUAAUUUUUAACUCCCGUAUAGUCUCUCUUGGUAGUGAGAAUACAUAGGCAAUCAUAUUGUUCUACAUUCAUGAGUCUGUAAAUUACUAGUGAAACCUCGUCUUUGCCUGCUGCAUUUGUUGGUCUACUUUUUGUUUAAAAACCUUAAUAAUUUAGAAAGAGAGGGAGUUCAAUUUUUGCUGCAUAGUAUGUAAAGAUUCUUUUGACAUGUUUAAGCUAUUGGUAUCUUUUUGACACUA